AGGAAGGGAAACUCUGCCUCGCACGUGGACUUGAACGACAAGUUGGGAAGCCUGCAGCGUGGACAGCGGCUCCCGUGCGUGUGUGGGUGCAUGAGCCCGGAGGAUGGAGCUGCUCACCUGGCUCAUUUUCCUGGCCCACUGGGCCGUCACCAGCGCUGAAUCAGGGCAGUUCUGGCACAUCUCUGACCUGCACCUGGACCCAGACUACAAGGUCUCGGAAGACCCCCUCCAGGUGUGCCCGUCAGCCGGCUCCCAGCAGGUGCCCGACGCGGGCCCCUGGGGAGACUACCUCUGCGACUCGCCCUGGGCCCUCAUCAACUCGUCCAUCUACGCCAUGAGGGACAUCGCGCCGGAGCCUGACUUCAUCCUGUGGACCGGUGACGACACACCCCACGUGCCGGACGAGCGCCUGGGUGAGGCGGCUGUGCUGAGAAUCGUGGAUCAGCUGACCACGCUCAUCAGACAGGUCUUUCCAGAUACGAAAGUCUACGCUGCUUUGGGGAAUCACGACUUUCACCCCAAAAACCAGUUUCCAGCCGGGAGCAACGAGAUCUACAAUCAGGUGGCCGAGCUAUGGAGCCCCUGGCUCAGCAACCAGUCCAUCACUCUCUUCCGAAAAGGUGCCUUCUACUCGGAGAAGCUGCCGCGAGCGGGCAGCGCUGGGCAGGUGGUGGUUCUCAACACCAACCUCUACUACAGCGACAACCGGCAGACGGCCGGCAUGGCGGACCCCGGCCAGCAGUUCCAGUGGCUGGAGGCGGUGCUGACAAACGCAGCCCAAGCCGGGGAGAUGGUGUACAUCAUUGGCCACGUUCCCCCGGGGUUCUUUGAGAAGACACGGGACAAGCCGUGGUUCCGGGCCAGCUUCAACGAGCAGUACCUGGAGCUGGUCCGGAAGCACCACCGCGUCAUCGCCGGGCAGUUCUUUGGGCACCACCACACCGACAGCUUCCGGAUGUUCUAUGACGACGCAGGCACCCCCAUCAGCGUCAUGUUCCUCGCACCUGGAGUCACUCCGUGGAAAACCACAUUGCCUGGAGUGGUCAACGGCGCCAACAAUCCCGGCAUCCGGGUGUUCGAGUACGACCGAGCCACGCUGCGCCUACAGGACAUGGUGACCUACUUCCUGAACCUGAGCCUGGCCAACAAGCAGGGGCAGCCGCGCUGGGGGCUGGAGUACCGGCUGACCGAGGCCUACAGAGUGCCCGACGCCAGCGCCCGCUCCAUGCACAGCGUCCUGGACCACAUCGCCAGUGACCAGGACAUGCGGCAGCGCUACUACCUCUACAACUCGGUCAGCUACGACGAUCGGCCCUGCGACGAAGCCUGCCGCGCCGAGCACGUGUGUGCCAUAAGGCACGUGGCCUUCGAGGCCUACAGCGCCUGCCUGCGCGCCGCCGCAGGAGCUGCGCCCGCGCCCGCGCUCUCGCGCCUGUGGGCCGCGCUGCUGGGCCUGCGCUUGCUCGCUCUUCGGUGA